UCUUGUACUCUUGUUAGUCAUCACAGAAAACAAAGGGAGGACCUUUUUUCUUUUUUUUCCUCCCUUUGUUUUCUGUGUUAGUCAUAGACGCGUUGAGUGGUGUGUGGCGUGCAACCUGUGUUGUUCCUCUGAAAAAUGGAAAAUCAGCGCGUGGAAAGUGUUUUGCGAGAAUGGAAUCUACCAGAGGAAGUUAUUGAAGUGUUUAAAACAAAUCAAAUUAAUGAGGAUCAAUUAAUAAAUCUUAAUGAAGAGGUUUUGAAGGAAUUAGUGCAUCUUGUGGGGCCCAGACUUAAAAUUCUUGAUAAAAUUAAAGAAGUGAAAGAAACAUCAGCAACCACUAUAUCAGUCAGUGAGAUUGAACAAUCAUUACCAUCUGAGGCGAACUCCUCAAAUUUUUCUGACAUAGUGAAUGUUAUAACAGAAGAUUGUGCAGUUUCUUGUUGCAGUAUGUAGUGACUUUUUUUAUCAUAAUUCAAAAGAAGAUUCUUUUAAAGUUUUAUUUUUUGAAAUAUGUACUACAUAAUAAUAUUAUUACCAUUUUUUUUGUAAGUAUUUAUUAGGAUUGUUUAAAAAAGCUACAUGCAUAGAAUAUGUGAUUGGUUUGGUUUUCUAAAUAAUCGUAUUGUUAUAUAUUAACGUGCUACGUACUACUUUGUACUUUGUGAUAAAUAUGUACCUAUAUUUAACAUAUAUACACAAAAUGUGUAUUUCUUUUG